AUGGACAGUGCCAUCAGAGUACUACGUAACUUUACUGAUGCUCGUGUGUUAAUAGCUCCAACUUUUCAACAAUGUCCAAAUGUUUCGGUUUUUUAUAUUAUUCGCACUCACCCCAGGAAUACAAGUUGGAGAAACCUAAUUCGCUCAACUUGGGCUGGGCCGGUAAAGCACUCUUUGAUAUUUGUCUUGGGUGUCGAAAAGGUGGGAGAAGUAGAAGAAAUGGUCCAAUUCGAAGCUCAAAUUCAUGAUGAUUUAAUUGUUUUUGAUUUUAUUGAUAGCUACGAUAAUAUGACAUUAAAGUCAUUGAAUAUUUUGACUUGGAUUGUCCGAAACUGUCAAUUACCACGAUUUUUUAUGCAGGGUGACCCUGACAUUGUAGCAUUUCCGAAUCAGAUUUCUUCUUAUACAUUAAAUUUAAAUACAAGUUCGAUAGCUGUUUAUGGUAAGUGCUGGAAACGUGCAAGAGCUUAUCGAGAAGAUCGCAGCAAGUGGAAUUUGGAUUCCCUCACUUACGCAUCAGUAACUUAUCCGACUUAUUUGGCUGGUGGUGCAUGGUUUUUCACUCUGGAAACCGCUAAGCGUCUUCUAAUGGCUUUGCGAAACCCCUUAAGUUACAUCCAUAUUGAUGACAUGCUAAUUUCCGGAAUAUUUGCGGAGAUGAUGAAUGUGCCACGAGUGUGCUUGAAAGGCAUCGGAUAUUUGCACGAAUUUUCAUUUCGGAAAUGCGACAAUAAGCAUAUUCUAGCGAUAAUAGAGUUAAAUGACUAUGAAAUUUUAAAAACUAUGAUGGAUUAUCAGGAAGCUUCGAUUAACUGCUUUUCAUGA